AAACCUGCAAGUAACCGGCAUAGUUGGGAUGACAUGCAGAGCGACUUAUAUGCACAUCAAGAAUCGGAAUUACAGAUUUGGAAACGGAAAUUUAUAUCAACUGUGUUUCCUGGACCUAAAGAAAACUUUAGUUUGGAUUUUAUAUGCAACAUGACUUUUGAGGAAUCAAGUGGUGUCCAGACCUCAGACAGGAUGGAUGCAGUCGGAAAAGCUUUGGAAGAAGUUCUGAGCGCUGCAUUACCUCAAGGGUGCAUAACCGUUGGUGUAUAUGAAGCGGCCAAAUCUCUCAAUGCUGAUCCAGACAAUGUGGUGCUGUGUCUUCUAGCCACAGACGAAGGUGACGAUCGGGACGUGGCUUUGCAAAUCCACUUUACUUUGAUAAGAGCUUUCUGUUGCGAGAAUGACAUCAACAUCCUGCGAGUGAAAAAUAUGAGACGCCUGGCCGAGAUCCUUGGAGGAGGGAAACAGGGAGGGGAACCCAUGGAUAUGCACUGCGUUUUAGUCACGAACCCAUAUCCCUCCACAUCGGGCAAUGAUCCAACAGCUCUGAGAAAAGUAAACUACUUCUGCAGAGAAAGCCGCAGCCAGGAUCAGUGGGUGCCAGCUAUUAACCUUCCUGAAAGAUGAAGCAGACAAGACUGUGUUUAACUUGUUAUGAAUUGCACUGGAGUUGUGUACUGUUUUAAUGGGUUUUGCUCCAGAGGAAAAAAUAAAAAUAAAUUAAAAACACAGCAUUGAUGUAAAAUAUGAAAAAAGAUCUUCAGUGAAGGAGGCAUAAUUCUUACUAUGUCCAACUCUUGCCAUUCAUUGCUGUCCAGAUGCUAGUGACUCAGCAGUCGGGACACCAAUGUAAGCGACUGAAGGGGGUGGGGGGUGAAAGAGCAGGAAAGGCUGUGAAGAGAGCUUUGCAAUGAGAUGGAUGCAGGAAACUGAAUCAUGUGGAUGCAAUCAGCAUUUUACAAGAAAGGAUUUACACUAGGUUUGAAACAGGGCUCAUGCAGAAGCUGCACGUUAUGGUCCCUGACUUAAGAAGAACUGUUUGGAGAAAAGUUUGUGAAAUUUUUGUUUUUGUAGACAUACAUUUAGUAUUUUUUCAAAGGGAAAGGCUAAAAGCCAAAUUCGCAAAUGUAUUUUAUUAAGAGUUGUUGUUCUGACUGUUCAUUUAAUGUGCAUAAGUUAUUUGUAUUAUAUUAAUGCAAUAUAUUUAUGUUGCUCUUUUUCCACAUUCACAAGUUUGUAAGAUUUAGUAUUCUGUUUUAAUAAACAUGUUAAAAUCA